CUAUGUAAGAUAUCACUGAGGAGUAAAGCUUUUAACUAUGAUAUGAUGCUCCCCGACAAAACUUAGACAGAAGAAAGUGGGGAGUGUUUGCAUUUGAAGUUUCAGUUAUGUAGUCGCAACUUUAGAGCUUAAAGACUUGUCGGAAGAAAGUGCAAUAGGACGAAUAUACAAGUAGGAUACAUUGACUAGAAAAAUGGUUGUUGGAAGCAGGGGAGAAAAAGGAACUAAACGCAGAUGAGAAGGACAUUUCUUUAGGUUCAUUGCAUUGCAAAAAGAUCAUAAUUCGGCUACCUUUUGGUAGAGUAUUUGAUUUUGCGAAGUUGAUUGAGCUCCCAUCCUAGUUUCCACGGCACUCUUCUUCGUUCGGGUGUCUUCAACAAGUGGGAUUAAAAGUUCUCUAUUUGAUUUUCACUGUUUGACUUACUUUGUAAGACAUUUCAGACUAGUGAAAUUGCCUACCUUUACCUUUUCAGUCAUGAAAAAUGCGGCUACUGCCGUCAAAACGUCUUUGCAAAACCAAUCAGACACUCGUACCAUUGCCAACUUUUACGCAGCCCAGCUCCAACCUCUUUGCCGAGAGAAAAAGCAUGCCAGCUCAGCUUUUGCUCUUGUUCGAUCAAUCCAUGGCAACAUGAUUACCUCCGGAUUCAGGCCACGAAGCCACAUCCUUAAUCGCUUAAUCGACAUUUACUGCAAAAAUUCCGGUCUUGUUUAUGCAAAGCGCCUGUUUGAUAGAAUUCCCCAACCAGAUGUCGUGGCAAGAACAACAGUUAUUGCUGCAUACUCUGCUUCCGGGGACCCCAAGCUUGCAAGAGAGGUUUUUGAUAAAACCCCAUUAAGCAUCCGCGACACUGUUUGUUACAACGCUAUGAUUACUGGCUAUUCACAUAACAAUGAUGGCCAUGCUGCUAUAAAACUAUUUCUUGGUAUGAGGUGGAAAAGUUUUCAGCCUGAUGAGUAUACCUACACCUCGGUGCUUGCAGCUUUAGCCCUUAUAGCUGAUCAUGAAAUGCACUGCGGGCAGCUGCAUUGUGCGGUUGUGAAGUCAGGCAUGGCGUGGGUUAAGUGUGUUGUCAAUGCACUUAUAUCAGUUUAUGUAAAAUGUGCUUCAUCACCCAUAGUGUCAUCCGUGCUGUUGAUGGAUGCAGCAAGCAAGUUGUUUUAUGAGAUGCCAGAGCGGGAUGACUUGUCCUGGACUACGAUUAUCACAGGGUAUGUGAAGAAUGAUGACCUUGAUGCUGCUCGGAAGGUGUUUGAUGGUAUGGAUGAGAAGUUGCUUGUGGCGUGGAAUGCAAUGAUCUCUGGGUAUGUACAUAAAGGUUUCAUCUUCGAAGCAUUAGACAUGUUAAGGAAAAUGCACUCAGCAGGGUUGAAGCCAGAUGAGUUUACCUGCACUAGUAUCCUCAGUGCUUGUGCCGAUGCCGGAUUGUUUCUUCUAGGAAAACAGGUGCAUGCUUAUGUUAGACGAACAGAAGAGGAAAUUCAUGUGUCUGUACAUAACGCUUUAAUAACAUUAUAUUGGAAAUGUGGUAGAGUCGAUGAAGCAAGAAAAGUUUUUGAUAAUCUAGCCUUUAAGGACCUUGUUUCGUGGAAUGCAGUUCUAUCAGCAUAUGUAGGAGAAGGGCGGAUUAAUGAAGCUAAAUUAUUCUUUGAUGAGAUCCCAGAGAAGAAUUCUCUUGCAUGGACAGUAAUGAUAUCAGGAUUUGCACAAAAUGGAAAAGGGGAAGAAGCUCUCAAACUGUUCAACCAAAUGAGACUACACGGGAUCGAGCUGUGUGACUAUGCAUUUGCAGGAGCUAUUACAUCUUGUGCAGUGCUUGCAGCACUAGAAACUGGAUGCCAACUCCAUGCUCAGCUUAUCCAGCGUGGAUUUGAUUCAAGCCUUUCAGCUGGAAAUGCAUUAAUAACAUUUUAUGGAAGAUCUGGGGUCAUUGAAGCUGCACGUACCGUGUUUCUCACAAUGCCUUGUGUAGAUUUGGUUUCUUGGAAUGCAUUAAUUGCUGCCUUGGGACAGCAUGGAUAUGGUGCUCAAGCCAUAGAACUUUUUGAACAGAUGUUAAAUGAACAUAUAACUCCUGAUAGGAUCAGCUUUCUCACAGUUAUAUCUGCUUGUAGUCAUGCAGGAUUGGUAGAAAGGGGACGACACUACUUUAAUAUAAUGCAUAGUGUUUACAAAAUAAAUCCAGGAGAAGAUCACUAUGCCCGUUUAAUUGAUUUGUUGUCUCGAGCUGGAAGGUUAUUAGAAGCAAAAGAUGUGAUCCAGACUAUGCCUAAUAAACCUGGGGCACCCAUGUGGGAAGCUCUUCUUGCUGGUUGCCGAACUCAUAGGAACGUGGAUUUGGGGGUUGAAGCAGCAGAAAAACUCUUUGAGUUGACGCCACAACAUGAUGGAACCUACAUACUUUUGGCUAACACCUUUGCUGCUGCAGGCCGAUGGGAUGACGCUGCUAAGGUGCGAAAACUGAUGAGAGACCAAGGGGUGAAAAAAGAGCCUGGAUGUAGUUGGAUUAAGGUUGAGAAUACCGUUCAUGUCUUUUUGGUGGAUGAUACCGCACAUCCUGAAAUUCAAGCAGUGUACAACUACCUGGAGGAGUUAAGACUGAAGAUGAGGAAAAUGGGAUAUGUUCCAGAUACACAAUAUGUGUUGCAGGAUAUGGAGGCUGAGCAAAAGGAGUAUGCUAUAUCAACUCAUAGUGAAAAGCUGGCAGUUGUAUUUGGGCUCUUGAAACUGCCUCGUGGAGCCACAAUUAGGGUCUUCAAGAACCUACGGAUUUGUGGUGACUGCCACAAUGCGAUUAAAUUCAUGUCGAAGGUUGAGGCAAGAGAAAUCAUCGUCAGAGAUGGAAAUAGGUUUCAUCAUUUCAGGGAUGGUGAAUGCUCAUGUAGGAAUUAUUGGUGAGAUAUGGGAUAAUGAUUACUGUCACCUAAUGAGUUCCUUGGUUUCUGUGGAGAUUUGAAGAAGUCAUUCUGGAAGGGGUUGUGUUGCCAGGGAAAAGUUAUAGCAUCUUCGGACAUUAAAAUGUAAGACUUCAACGCUGAAGUAGGAAUAUGCUGCUACGUCUUGUUUGUCUGUAGCAUUUCGAAAAUGGAUGUGCAUUGUGAAUGUUUCUGCUUUGUGUUCCCUGGUGGUGAAUGCUCAUUGGAUACCUUCUAGAUACUUAAGGCAUAAUUAACUAAUGAGAUAGAGAUUGCAUAUAUCUUGUAGUUAUACACGAUUGAGUAACUAUCAAACAAAGAACUCGCAGCUUCAUAAUGCUCCCAGUUUGUGAAUAAUAGGAUAUGCCAAAGGGUUGAGUGACUCUCUGCUUGGGGAAAUGAUACAGUUGAGUUUCUAGAAUCCUCAAACAUAAAGGAGUACAGCUUGCAACUCAUCUAUAGAUGGGUACCUUCAUAUCCUACAGUGAGUAUACUCCAUUUGUCAACCAGAUUUAAGUUGACGAUCUUUCACAUCCAUCGGUUAAAACAAGCAUAGAGCUGAAGGCAGACUUAGUUUUCCGCGAUGCUCCUUGGUUGGCACAUUUGUAUUUUUAGCAAGUGAGCUGCUUUUUCUGGGCUCUAAUUGGACUCAUUGAAUUCAAGUGGUGCUCUCCAUUCGUGAUCAUUCUGAUCAGCUGUAUGUUCUUUUCAGGAUGCUCUGUGAUAGCAGAUAUACUUGUACUCCAAGGUGUUUUCCCCUAAUAUUUGGUGCAGAGCGUUUGAUCCUUUUGGUUAACUAGACGAGCCACUUUUUAAUAGAAUUCUUUGAAGUGGCCUUAUCUAGGAUUGAUCCAAGCCACUGGAAAUUAUUGUUUUUGGGGAUCAUUAAGUAUUUGUGAAGAAAUACAAUAUCUUAGCAAACUCUGAAAUCAAGCUCGCAUUCAAAUUCAUUCUUGAGACGAGUCAAAGGAUUUGAUAGAGGUUACAGAUACUUCCAAUUUUAUCACUUUGGUAUUCAUUUGCCAUUAUUUUAUCUUUUUGGUCCUUUAGGUUUACACUCAAAUUUGUUUCCACAUACGUUGUACUUGUCUCUCUUGGAAUCUGGCAUUUGAAUGCAAGCACAUGUUGUAAUU